AUGGAGAGUGUUUUUCAAGACCCAGUGAACGGGAAUUCUUUCAAUGGUAUUCCCAAUUAUACCGAACAUCAACAAACCCAAAAUCAAUUCAAUUUCAAUAGUGACUUAAUCAUUUCUAGAGUUGAUGAAGAUUACAAGAAUGAUAAUGCAUCUCUAAUGUCUUCUUUAAAUGAAGUUAAUAAUCAAAAUCAGAAUCAUGGUAAUAAUAAUGAAUUGAAUUUUGAUAAAUUAUUUGAAUUUAAUUUAAAUAAUAAUAAUAAUAACAAUAAUAAUAUGGAUGAUAGUUUAUCAAGAUUACAAAGUUAUCAAGAUAAUGAAGAUAUGAAUAUGAAUACUGAAUUUGAUAAUGACUUAAGUUUAAUCAAUACAAAUAAUACUUUGGUUAGUAAUACUCAUAAUAUCAAUAAUACUAAUGAUUUUAAUCAAUGGAAUUCAACUUCUUUUUCAAAUAAUCAUCCAAAUUUAUCUGAUUAUUAUAAUAAUAAUAAAGAAUUAAAUGAUUUUGCUUGGGAUUUUAAUUUUGAUUCAUCAAGUUUAGGUAAUUUCCAUAAUGAUAGUACAACUUUAGGUUCAUCAUCAAGAGAAUCUCAUGAAUUUUUUGAAAAUUUACAAAAUAUGGGUAUAAAUGAUAUUGAAGAUUCUGAUCAAACUAAAAAAUCAAGAUUUACAUCAUCAAUAUCAAAUUCAAUUAGUUCAAUUUUUAGAAAUUCUUCAAAUAAUCGUUUUAAUUUAAGAGUUAUAAACCCACUUUCAACUCAUAGAGAUCCAAAAGUUUUAGUUAAAACUUUACCAAAUUUAGUUGAAGAUGUUGAAAAUAUCCCAAUUGAAGAUUCUUUAAAUGAUGAAGAUUCAAAUAUUGAAACUAUUGAACCAAAAAAGAAAAAAUGUGUUAAAAAUUCUCAUAUAAAGAAUUGUAAUUGUACUACUAAACCAAAAAAAACCAAAUCAAGUUUAGUUAGUACUUUAACAAAUGGCCGUAUUGGUGGUGAUAAAUCAGAGCCUGAAAUCAAACAAGAAAAUGAUGAUGAACUCAUUGCACAAAUUCCUGAAUUAAAUUUAGAUAUUAUUCCAGAAAUUGAUAUUGAACAACAAGAAAAUGUUCAAAUUCCUAUGGAUUUAAAAUUUAAUCAUGAUGUAACAAGUACAGUUUCAUUAUCAACAAAUAAUUCAAAUUUUGAUAAUGAUUCUUCAUCAUCACACUUAAAAUUUGAAAAUGAUGAUGAAGAAACUGAAAUUAAAAAGGAAAAUAAUUCACCAGAUUAUGCUGCUUUAUUUUCUGAUGUUAAUACAAAUAAUAAAAAACGUUCAAAAUCAAUAUCUUUCAAAAGAAUGACUUCUUUAACUUCAAUGAAUUCAAGUUCAAAUAAUAAUAACAAUAAUACUAAUAAUAAUAACACACCUCCAUUACCAACAUUACCAGAAGGUGACAUAAUUCCUCAACCACCAGCAGAUUAUCAACCACCAGUAAAUGAACCAGCAAGAAGAGGUCGUAAACCUUCAUUAGCUUAUGAUGCAACAAAACAAUUUGUUUGUACGUAUUGUCAAAGAAGAUUUAGAAGACAAGAACAUUUAAAAAGACAUUUUAGAUCUUUACAUACAAAUGAAAAACCAUUUAAUUGUGAUUUAUGUGGUAAAAAAUUUUCAAGAAGUGAUAAUUUAGCUCAACAUAUUAAAACUCAUAAUAAUGAAAAUGAAGAAAUUAAAGAUAUUGAAAUUGAUGUUUAA